GCAUGAAGUUGUUUAUUCUGGCGGCUCUGCUCGGGCUCGGCCUCGCCCAGCACAACCCUCACACUAAACCCGGGAGGUCAGCCAUCGUCCACCUGUUUGAGUGGCGCUGGGCCGACAUCGCUGACGAGUGCGAGCGUUUCUUGGGUCCCAAUGGCUUUGGUGGAGUUCAGAUCUCUCCUCCAAAUGAACACAUUGUGCUGGAAAGUCCUUGGAGACCCUGGUGGCAGAGGUACCAGCCAAUCAGCUACAAACUGUGCUCCAGAUCUGGCACUGAGGACGAGCUGAGAGACAUGAUCAACAGAUGCAACAAUGUCGGGGUCAAUAUCUACGUGGACGCUGUCAUCAACCACAUGUGUGGAGCUAGCGGUGGAGAGGGAACCCAUUCUUCAUGUGGGAGCUGGUUCAACGCUGGAAAUAAGGACUUUCCCAGUGUCCCAUUUUCCACCGGGGAUUUCAAUGACAACAAAUGCAGGACUGGAAGCGGUGAUAUUGAGAACUAUGGGGACAUCUAUCAGGUACGUGACUGUCGUCUGGUCAGUCUCCUGGACCUGGCCCUGGAGAAAGAUUACGUUCGGGGAAAGGUGGCUGAAUUCCUGAACAGUCUGAUCGACAUGGGCGUGGCUGGAUUCAGAGUGGACGCCUGCAAACACAUGUGGCCUGGCGACCUGGCGGACAUCUACGGUCGUCUGCACGACCUCAACACCAAGUGGUUCUCCGGUGGCUCCAAACCCUUCAUCUUUCAAGAGGUCAUCGAUCUGGGACAUGAAGCUAUCUCGGCUAGAGAGUAUUUCUAUCUGGGAAGAGUGACCGAGUUCAAAUAUGGUGCCAAACUGGGAACUGUCUUCAGAAGAUGGCAUGGAGAGAAACUGUGUUAUACAAGGAACUGGGGAGAGGGUUGGGGUUUCAUGCCCCAUGGCGAUGCAGUCGUCUUCGUUGACAACCACGACAACCAAAGAGGCCACGGUGCUGGUGGCGCUUCUAUCGUUACUUUCUGGGACUCCAGGCUGCACAAGAUGGCUGUUGGCUACAUGCUGGCCCACCCAUACGGAGUAGCCAGGGUGAUGUCUAGCUUCCGCUGGAACCGUCACAUCGUGAAUGGAAAGGACCAGAAUGACUGGAUGGGCCCUCCCAGUCAUAAAGAUGGAUCCACCAAGUCCGUUCCCAUCAACCCUGAUCAGACUUGUGGAGAUGGAUGGGUGUGUGAGCACAGAUGGCGUCAGAUUAAGAACAUGGUCAUAUUCCGCAACGUUGUCGACGGACAGCCUCACUCCAACUGGUGGGACAACAACAGCAACCAGGUUGCCUUUGGACGUGGUAAUCGUGGUUUUAUCGUCUUUAAUAAUGAUGACUGGGAAAUGGAUGUGACCCUCAACACUGGAAUGCCUGGCGGCACCUACUGUGAUGUCAUUUCUGGUCAGAAGGAAGGAAAUGUUUGCACUGGCAAGCAGAUCCAAGUCGGCGAUGAUGGUCGCGCUCACUUUCAGAUCAGCAACACAGACGAGGAUCCCUUCGUUGCUAUUCAUGCUGAAUCCAAACUCUAAACACUUGAUUCAAUAAAAGUCAAUGUACCAAAUUUU